AUGUUACAAGCGAAAAAUCAGUCAGAACGAACGCAUAUUCCUCUGAAACGAGUAAGCGUCGAAGCAACCAUUCGAUCAUUUGCAGCUGAUGUUACAAUUACACAAGUAUUUCGAAAUGAUGAAACAACACCGAUUGAAGCCGUCUACUGUUUCCCCAUCGAAGAACAAGCAGCUGUUUAUGCUUUUCGAGCUCGUAUCGAUGAUCGGGAAAUUGUAGCUGAAUUAAAAGAGAAGGAUGCUGCACAACGAGCAUAUAAUGAUGCUCUUCGACAAGGUCACGGUGCUUAUUUACUUGAACAAGAUGAAAAAUCUUUAGAUAAUUUUAUAGUUAAUGUAGGAGCACUUUCUGCCUCUACAGAAUGUCACGUCACUAUAUCCUAUGUUACCGAGUUGGAUCUUGUCGAAAAUGGAACCAAAAUCCGAUUUGUUGUUCCAACAACCAUUGCACCUCGUUACAAUCCAAAUGUUGGCGAUAUCAGUGCACCAGCUGGUACCACUUCAGAAUAUGUACAAUCAAGCCCUUAUACAAUUGAAUUCCUUUGUCGAGUAGAAAAAGUUGAAAAAGUUGAAAUAUUACGUAUUAGUUCACUGUCUCAUCCAAUUCAAAUAUCUGUUGAUCAAGAUGAUGUUUAUGUCGUUGAAUUUGCUCAGCAAGGUACAUCUUUGGAUCGAGACAUUCUUCUCGACAUUGAGUUGGCCGAAAAUCAUUCGAAUACAAUUGUUGCUGUUGAAUCUGGUGCGAUCAUGGCUUCGUUCACACCUACUAAAGAAGACUGUCGACAAGUGAUGAAUACAAAUGAGACUACCAAUGAAUUUAUUUUUCUCGUCGAUUGUAGUGGAUCUAUGGGUAGUGAACACAAGAUUGAAUUAGUUCGUGAGGCUAUGUUGCUCUUUCUCAAGAGUCUUCCUGUCGGUUGCCAUUUUAACAUUAUACGAUUUGGGUCGAGGUUUGAGAAUUUAUUUGACAAUAUUACAGCCGUUUACGAUCAAGACAAUGCCGAGCGGGCAGAAUCUCUUAUAAAAUACUUGCGAGCGAACUUGGGUGGCACCGAAUUGUUGUUACCUCUUUUCUGGUUAAAUGACAAUCCGCCAAAACAUGGCCAUUCUCGCCAAGUAUUUCUUCUUACUGAUGGUGAAAUUGCCAAUGUUGAUGAAGUACUCAAUUUAUGUAGUUCUAUGUCUGAAUCGACCCGAAUCUUUUCAUUUGGCUUAGGUUUCUCACCUAGUCGUUCUCUUGUUAAAGGUCUUGCACGUGCAACAAAUGGUCGUUCUGUCUUCAUUCCACCUUAUACAUAUGUUGACUCGUAUGUGGGUGAACAAUUGCAAAAAGCAUUACAACCAUGUAUUACUGAUGUUCAAAUUAAAUGGAAUUCACAGGCAACCAUAACAAAUGUCGUUCCAACCAAGAGUCCACCAGUUUAUGUCAACGAUCGUAUCAUUGUCUAUGCAUUUUUAGGCGAACAAUCGACAUCACUUGAACACGAUAUUAGUGUCGAAUUAUAUAGUGGGCAGCAUCGUUUAGGUGAGGCUCAUGUCAAUCGAAUUCCAACUGUGAGCAACAAUCAAACGAUUGCUCGACUGGCUACGAAAGCAUCAAUUCUUGAAUUACAACAUGAAGAAUCAUCAUUCACAGCAAGAGAGAAAAUAACAAAACUUUCACUCAGAUAUAAUAUUCUUAGUCCACACACGGCUUUUGUUGGUAUUGAAAAACGUGUUAAUGCUAGUAAUGCUGCCAUGGUCUUGCGCGAAGUACCUAUUCAAAUAUCGGCUGACGAUCAACACUUACUAGGUCAACAAUUAUGUUAUUCUCAAAUGAGCUGUGACAAGACGCAGUAUCAUCAAAGUGUCUAUCAUCCUAAAUACGCUCAAAGUCGUUUGUAUUCUGCCCAAAUGAAUUGUCGUCGAGCUCUAGAGGAUUUUAGAUCUAUUAGUUAUCAUUUGAGUAAUGACCAACGACAGACAGAAUCUUUGAGAGAGGACUUCUAUAAAUCCCUAAACUUUUCGCAGCAGGACGAUGAGACAAGGUCAUCUCCAACUUAUCAUCACAACAAUGACCGCCGUUCAAACCCUAAGCUAGAUUGUCAUCGUUUUCAAAAGAAGUGUCGUGAAACUCGGAUGCGUUGGUUAAAAGCUUGGGAUCAAUAUGAGAUCUAUCGAAAUGUCAGAGACGAUGCUAUAUUGGACUAUUACAAAGCUGUUAAAGAAUUCAGUUCUUACGGCUACAGAAGUUCAUACUGUCGAAGAGAUUAUAACGCUUAUCAGUAUUUCGAAGCCGCUCGAAAAUUUCUUCAAGAUUCUCAACAGCGUUAUCACAACACAUUUGAUCGAAUAAUGAAUGAUCCAUGGGAGCUGCGGGAUUUCGAAUGUGAGUUUGAUAGUUAUUUUGGAGAUCUUGAUGAUCACGACGAGGGCAAGAGUGCUGUAACAAAUACAUCAACUGGUAGCGGAUCACACGGACCUUCUGCAUCCGAUUCUCAGGAAAUGAGAUCUGGGCGUAGUGUCGACAAUGGACAGCGUGACAUUGUUCAAAAAUUAAUUAGCAAACAAAAAUUCAAUGGCUCAUGGGAUAUAGACUCGAAGGGUAUUGAAAAUUUGCUCGGCAAAUCUCUUCCAGACUUUCCGCAGUGGCCAAACACUGAAGUGCUUAGAUCAGCUAUUGUUAUUGCCGUACUCGAAACACGCUUUGCUUCGUUAUCUUCAAUGUGGUAUGGCCUUGUACAAAAAGCUCGUAAAUAUCUCAACGAUAUACUCAUCAAAGACAACAAGAAACUUGAUACUUUACUAGAAGACAUAAAAAAACAGAUAUGA